AAGUAAAUAAUAAUCACCAAAAUUUUCAGAUCCAAUAUACAACUACUUACUACUAUUAUAAGUUGCUUCCAUAUGAAGUGAAAAACUCCCCCAUCUAAACAACCACCACAACCACAACAACAAACAACAUUUCAUCAAAAACGACCAUUUUCAUUUCUCAUCCUUAAUUUUUUCAAUUAAACAACUUCCCACAAAAAACUCAAAUAUCUCCCCUCUGCAAAAUCGGACCUUUAUUUUCUCUCUCUCCCCCUAAAAACCAUGGCAGGUGGACUACAUGCUCCCUUAAGACCAUCUUCAUCUUCUUCAUCAAAUCAUUCUUUCACUGCAAAACUUCUUCUUCUUCUAACUCUUCUUCCUUUUACUCUUGCUGCUUUUGCUUUCAUUCUUCAAUGGCGUGGUGGUGUAACAGACCCUUCUACUCGUUACUCUUCAGAAGAUCACAAAUUCCCAGGCAUGGAUAGUUCUCCUCCUACAACUACUACUACAACUACCCAUCAUUCUAAGUCUGAUUGUGGGCCUCUUUUGAGCCAUCUCUCUCCUACUUUUCCCUAUUAUCGUGAUUGGAAGUUCCAUUAUCAAACCGAUCUUAAGCCUAAGAUUGCCAUCACAACAAGUACCUCAGCAAGCUUGGAGCAGAUUCUUCCAUGGAUGUUCUUUCACAAGGUUAUUGGGGUCACUACAUUUUACCUUUUUGUGGAAGGAAAGGCUGCAUCUCCAGAAGUCUCAAGAGUCCUGGAAUCUAUUCCGGGUGUAAAAGUAAUUUAUAGAACAAAAGAGCUAGAGGAGAAACAGGCGAAAAGCCGGAUUUGGAAUGAGACAUGGCUAGCGAGUUUCUUUUACAAGCCGUGCAAUUAUGAGCUAUUUGUCAAGCAGUCUCUUAACAUGGAGAUGGCAAUCAUCAUGGCUAGGAAUGAUGGUGCGGAAUGGAUUCUUCACCUUGAUACUGAUGAACUAAUACACCCGGCUGGUACUCGGGAGUAUUCAUUGAGGCAACUGCUGCUUGAUGUUCCUAAGAAUGUGGAUAUGGUUGUUUUUCCCAACUAUGAAAGCAGUGUGGAGCGCGAUGAUAUCCAAGAUCCUUUCAGUGAGAUAUCUAUGUUUAAGAAGAACUAUGAUCAUCUCCCGAAGGAUACAUACUUUGGCAUGUACAAGGAAGCUACUCGUGGAAAUCCUAAUUACUUCUUGACCUAUGGCAAUGGAAAAUCUAUUGCUCGAAUCCAAGAUCACCUUCGUCCUAAUGGUGCUCAUCGGUGGCACAAUUAUAUGAAGACUCCAAAUGAGAUCAAAUUCGAAGAAGCUGCUGUUCUGCAUUAUACAUAUUCAAAAUUUUCAGAUUUGACUUCUAGACGUGAUCGGUGUGGAUGCAAGCCCACGAAAGAGGAUGUUAAGAGAUGCUUCAUGUUGGAAUUCGAUAGAGCAGCAUUCAUAAUUGCUUCAACUGCAACCGAGGAAGAAAUGCGGAAAUGGUAUCAAGAGCAUGUUGUAUGGGGUGACAAAGCACUGAACCUGAAACUCUUGAGGAAGGGCAUUCUAACUCGUGUAUAUGCUCCAAUGGUCAUUGUUCAGGGUUUGAGAGAGUCUGGUAUUUUCACUUCUAUUAUUGAAUCUGCUUCAAAGUCUCUCUCAAAGGAUAAAUUUUUAUCUUCAAUUGAGAGUUCUAAUUCGACGAGACCUCAUGACUCCAUUGGUUCCUCGAGAAAGAUGGGUAAAAUCACCGAGUCUCAGGCAACUGUGAGAAGGGUUCUGCAGUUUACUGAUGCAGCCACUAAUGAAGUUGCCGUUCCACCAUUACCAGCACCUGGUGCGGAUGACAAACAGGUGCUUGAAUGGUGAUAUAUCUGACAUAUUCAUUUGAUUUUACACAUUACAGCUUCCUAUUCUUCUGCCCAUUAGUUAGCCACACAACUGAAACACUGAUUUAGAGAGUUUGGUAAGCAAUGGGAUGAAGCAGGAGGGAAGAGGUUUUUACCUUUGUGGUUUCUUCCCGAUCGUUGCCCAAGCGCUUUGUACACAGAGAGAGAGAGAGAGAGAGAGAGAGAGAGAGGGGGGGGGUGAGAGUGGGUAAUAGCAAAGUAUUUUUUGGUCCAUUCUUAUUCUAGUCCCGGCCGCUAUGGCCGGGUAUAGAAGCGAGGUCUCAUAUUAUGUACAGAAACCAGUGGUUGAUAUGAUGAGAGGCAAUUGUUUUACUACUAAAGAUUCAAAUAGUAGCAUAGAGCUAGUGUAGGCAUCUUUGAUACUCAUUCUUUGAAUGAAUAUGUUAUUUUUCUUUCAA